GCGCAAUCCCAGCUUGUCCCACACGGAUCGCACCGGCUUCAAGCCUCGUUGGGGGGUGGUCUAGUAUUUACACGGCCACUGACGCUGACCUGUACGUACCAUGUACAGGAAUUCCGUGCGCCCACCUGGGAUCUGGAGCCAUCAGCCAAACACAAAAAGGACAUGGAAUGCUAACCCUAUCUCGUGCUUGACAGUCCUGCGUCUGUUUCCCUCCGUUCCCGGACUGGGACGUCCUCCUAACCUUGACUCGCUGACUGUUCUGGGACCGUUGAUAAACCUACCCACCGUCGGCCGGACAAGCCCCUGCUCCUCCACGCCUCGUGUCUGCCUAUCGUGUCUGCAUCUCCACUGACGGACGUGCUGACAUUUCCUUCCUGUCCUCUACACUGCAGUUCUGACCUUCAGAUCGACUCUCGGAUCGUUGCUCAACACCACCCUUCCAUUUUGAACACAUCCCAACGCCAGAAGCCCCGCGGGCCUCGCGGCGAAUCUAAUCCUGUCUCCAUAAUCAAGUGGCACCGCCGUCCUGUAGUAUAAUUUAUCUGUAGGAAGUCCAUUCGACGGUCGUAUCGCUUUCCCGCACACAGCGCCAUCUCUACGUCUAUUCCCGUGUCCAUAUCACCGGUCGGCCAGGCAAUCGCAUUGGCCAACGUCAUCGAACCUAGUGUGGCCCGCUGCUCUUCCUGUAGACGCCCCUGUCCAUCUGUCUCGACUGUCUAUCACGGCCGGCAUUCCGUCUGUGUUCUCCCACCCACGCCAAUUUAUAUAUCUGCACCACGACGUGAACGACCGAGGUUCGUUUUCCGCGCGACCAUCCGAUACCAUCACUAGCUGCUGCAGCGAUGGCGAGUCUACAAGCCCUGAAACCAGUCGAGCUCGCACCCGAAUGGCUCACCGAAAGCCCGAUUACAUUCGAUGACCUCCGCUGCACGUCCUACCCCGCGACGCUUUGGCGCGUCUCCGUCUCUGUGCCUCCCAGCCCUGCUACAACGCGCAAGAGCUACCGCAGGGAAAGCGUCGCCUCUUCCUCCUUAUCUUCCGCGUCCGACUUGCACGACGCUGCGGUAGUCCAAGUCGAGAAGCGGAAACGGGCAUCAGCCCUCGCACGGCGCUCGGCGCGGAUCUCGAAACACGCAGCGCCCGUGCCUGGACCCGAUGCACCGCACACCGGGGUCGGAGCCGAGACGAGCAGCUUCCUGUUUUACGACGACGAGGCCGCGGAGGACGUGCUAGACGGACUACAAGUCGGACGAUGGAAGCAGCACAACAACGAUGACGACGCGACGCUCAACGAGCCCGAGCCGGAGCACGCUCCCCGCCCUGAGGAGGAGGAUGACCCCUCGCCCAUCGACCCGUUCUUCAAGGCCAUGUCCCCCACCCCCACGCCUGCCAUCUCUCCCGCGCCUUCGCCUGUCCCCUUGCCCCCUUGUAACCCACAUGAAAACUCAGAGUCCCCCGCGCCGUCAUCCAGCUACGCGCACUCGCGCGGAUCGUCAUUCGACUGGACCUCGCCCUGGUUCAUGCACGUCUCGGCACACGCGCUGGCGGCGCUCGACGAUCAACUGCUGCAGUCGCCCACGGAUGCGUUUGCGGACAUGUGCUACGCGUCCGCCGUCGCGCUGCCCAACCCGACUGACCCGCAGCACGGCGCGAGCGGUGCGUAUUCGUGGAGGAGGUUCUCCAGGCUUAGGCCAUUAAGCCCCGGCAGCUUUUCUGACAUACACGAGGAAGAUGAGGGAGAGGCCGAAGAUAGAGAGACUGAAGGAGCGGAUGGGGAGAGCACGGAGAGCGAGACGGACGACGAGGACGAGGAGCAGCUGGCGUCGCCCGAGGAGCACGCACCCGACCCCGCGGCAGCGCGACUCGCACCAUCCGGCGCAUCACCACCACGAAAGCGAUGGGUCGAUACAGUUCAGGUCGCAGGUUGCAUCGCCCACAGCCUUCACAACUCUGUCCUCGAAGCCCCUCCCCCUCCUCCCUCCCUCCCCCCCCUCGCCCCCUCCCCCAACGCGCCUCUCGCACGACGCUGCGGACCUCGCCGAGCUCCGCGGCGCCGCCGCCUCCCCUCCGCCACUCUUCCUUCCCUCCCCGGCCGUGUCGCAGGCCCAGCUCGCGUUCCUUUUCGGGGCCCCACCCAACCCGAGCGAGAGCGUGCACUUCUUUCCUGCGCCUGCCCCCAGCGCCGCCAACGGGGGCAAUGGGCACGGGAAAGGGAGGCCGAGGCGCGGGACGUUGAAGAUUUCGACGAAUACCGCGCAAUCCGCGGGCUCGGGAUCGGGCAGCGCGAGCGGGGGCUCGACGCCUGCGAGUGGGGGUGGGGCGGGGACGUGGUUCCAGCGCGGGCUGAGGGCGAUCCGGGCUUGAGUCUGCCACGGCUCGGUUCGUUCGCGCCUUGUUCUCCGGAUGUCUAUCUCCCUGUCCUCUUGCGGAGACUCGGCCAAAAAUGCAUCUUACUCUGCUCAGUUAAUUCUCCGCGCCGGCUUGUAUCGUUAUUCGCUUUCCGCGUUGUGUUCUCCCCUCCCCGUUAUUUCGCACUACACGCACCACAUCCUCCGCAUAGACCGCUGCUCUCGUGCUUGCCUCUUUACCUGCUUUCGACCUUCUCGCGGGAGCAGCCCGUUUGUAUCUAUACCGUUGCCAUCUUGCGUCCGGUCGAGGAGCGCGUUCUUCUACCUUACCUUCGAUUAGCUUGGCUGUCUACCCGGACUAUCCGCGUUCCUCCCGAUAUAUUCUUGCCGUCCAAUCGUCCCGGAUCCAUGCUUCGUUUUCCAUGCUUAUCUCGUCUCGCCUCGAUAGCCCCUCUCUACGACUCCUGAGCACGCACGUGUACUACCACCACAUCGCUACACUCCCACAUCCUCAUGGCCCUGUUGUCUUUUUCAGAACCGCACCUCUCUCGACGCUCGCUCGCACACGUUUGUUGUACUACCACCCUACUGUCCUUCCCGCUUACCCUCUCUUCC